CUCUCUCUCUCUCUCUCUCUCUCUCUCACGGUCUAGUAAUAUUUACAAAAUUUGUCAAGUAUGAUUUUAUCAUUAUUUUGAACAUUUCCGAGCGACCGGACGGCGGAAAUGAGUUUUCCGCCUGAACUUUGCUCAUAUCGACCUUGAGAAAAAUCGAGCUAAAUUAGAAACAUUGAUAGUUAUAAUUAACUUUUACCGACUCCCCGGAAGAAUAUUUCGAUUAUAUGCGUAUUGCGAAUUGAAAACAUUAUCGAGUUACUCAAACUCGGUCCCGAGUCGUAUUUAAUUAUAUCCGUACGGACAAAAAUGUUAAUUAAACGCAAACUUUCCCGCCCCGGUGGCGAGAAAACGUAAUUAAAAUUUCGCCGUCAAAUCUCGGCGUUAUUCGCGAAAUAUUUCCGCGCGAAUCGGUAUCCUCCCCUCGCGGGGGGAGGGUCACGAUUUCCGUGGAUUUUUUUUUCCAUCCCGCUGUGUUCUCAAUAUUUUUCCCGUUGCAAGCGCGAGGCGGAGUUAACUUCACGACACGCGACGACAUCUCAGGCGAUCUGCAUUUCGAAUCGACGCGCGUACCUCGAGUGAGAUCGUAAAGGGGCAGCGUCAAGUUUUUCCGCGGUGAAAUUGGGGACGCAUCUGUCGCGCGCGUUUCUCGUCCUGAUGUUCGCUCGCUCGCCCAUACACACGGGAUGUGGACUCACGCGCAAAAAUACACGCGCAAAAAACACACACAGCUCUUACGCACACAGCGCGGAUACGGAUACACACACACACACACACACACACACACACGCACGCACGCACGCUCGUACACAUAUACACAUGCGUACACGUUGGAGCGGUGCACGUUGCAGCGCCGCGUAUUCCGCUGCCGCAGUUGCAUUGCGAACGUCCGCGAAAGCGCACGCGAAGACGUCCGUCUGAUGCGCGAUCUCUCGAUACGCGAGUGUUUGUGGCCGAACUAUAUUUAGGCGCUAAACGCAAUGCCGAGAUUUGUUUAUGCGAGAUACGCACGGUGCUUGGUAAAAAGUGUGCGAAAAGUGACGAGGUAUUCACACGCUCUCAAAAUGCGACAGUAUGAAAAGUUUAUUCUCGUUGGACGCGCACAACAUGCCGGCGAUCGAAUCGCGGAGAUGUACAAGUUUCAGAAGACUGUCAUAGACUAUUCUCAUAAAACAUGCAUUAUGAAAGAAGCGAUCGAUAACGUCAUGAAUGUUGCAAACGGGACAAAAGUGCUUUUGAUCGAUACGUUCAUGAAUUAUUUCCACGUGCCUUCGAGAGGCCUUCCACGGUGGAAAUUUUCAGAAACGUCGAGCAGGAGCGAAAGGCACCGCCGCAGAAUGCAGAGCAGAUGAGUACACCUUUAGAUAGAUUAGUAUACGAAUUAGAAAUUCUAAGCGGUAAUAACGGAAGCUUUUGAAGAUGUAACGUGCGAUAUGUGGCUGGCUCGUGCGCUUGCUUUCAAGCGUAAAAAGAUGUUUGUUCGAGAAAUCGUUAAGUACGUACGCGCGGCAGAGAAGAGUAUAGCAAUAGGAGAAUGAUUAUGACGAAUGGCUUGUUGCAUGACUCUUUAAAUCUGAUAAUCCGACGUAUUCUCUUUUUUUUUUUGUUUGAUAUUAAUCUUCAAAUUGUUUUUCGAUACACAUUGUAUGUCAACUCGUACGUUGAAGGUAUCGAUAUAUUCCGCGAAAGCAAGAUUUAUUGCUACACGAGCAAACAGUUUGGAAGUUUAUUUCUGGAAUAAGAGUGCGUAAGGUAAUAAAAUUAGCGAGAGACAAUUGUGAAAUUGCAGUAAAUUAUUCACCAUAAUUUGUUAGUUUUUGCCGAUACUCUCCUCUCGUGAUUGCAUUAAGUAACGUCGCCAGUAAUGACCUUGCAGAAUACAAAAUGCAAAUUAUGAAAAUCUGCGUUGCACGUCACAUUUUCAAAAGACAGCCGAGCAAGUGUAAAUGGAGAUAUUUACCUUGAUUACUAUUAAUUUAUGAACUUUUAAUAUUUAUUAUUUGGCACAGCCACGUGGCUGUAUAAUGAAUAAAUUGACUCUUUGACGAUCGACGGUUAAUGCGAACAUGUCGCUAAUCUUUUUUACUAAUUUUUUAAUCGGUCUAAUUUGUGAUUGGUGUUCUGAUGAAUAGUCUAAGCUGUAUCUCCCCUCUCGCAAUUGUAAAUAUAAUUGUGCAGAAAUUGAAUAUAAAUUAAUAAUAUUGAUAAAUCUAAAAUUUAUGUAUUAUUUUUGUUCGCAAAAAAAUAAUUUAUUAAACUCUGUGUAAAGAUAUAAAUUAUCAUUAUAAAUCAUAUAUUUACAUAUUUUAUCAAUAAAACAGAUGCUAUGUUGGAAUAUUUUAUACAAAAAUUGGCGUAAAAAUAUUUUACCAGACGAAACUUUUUUGUGCAUAUAUCUCUGUGUAUGUGUGUGUGUGUGUGUGUGUGUGUGCGCGCGUGUGCGUGUGUGUAUGUGUGCGUGCGUGUGUGUAUGUGUGCGUCCGUGCGUGUGUGCGUGCGCAUGUGAUAGAAAUUUUAUCAAAUGAAACGAAUAUUGUCGUGCCUUUUCCUGAGAAAAUUUACUAAGAGAUUGUUUGCCUCGACAUUUUCGCUCCAAUUCUACUUCACCACGAAAUCUCAGUGGAUAAUUAUAAUUUUAGCAUGCUGACUAUUAUCAUUUUUUUUUAUUCUGCUUCGUUAGUCGCUAAUUAAGCGUUGCCCCGGCAUGCAAAAUAGCGUCACAAUACGUUCUACGAUCUCGCUGCGGUACGAACGCGAAUAUGCAUCUCACGCCACGCCUGUUUUGUGGCGCCCGGACGCUACAACAAAGGAGAGUGUAAAUGGGAACUUACGAGCGACGGUGGGCUGAUUUAUUGCCGAAUUGACUAUUCAUCUCCUUCACCAGAACCUCUAGUGUAAGAAGUCACGCGGUCAUUAGCCCGUGCCCGGUGCAGAAACCCCGUCGUCUGCUGAGUUAAGAGAAUGAGAAAGAAAGAAAAAAAAAGACAACAGAAAGGUUGCUCCCGUCGGUCGUCAAAGAGUUAGCGGUGGAUUCGCAAUCUGGAGAUCCGAGAAGUCCGAUCCAGCUGGACUCCUUUCUUAUUCAAGCCGUAUUAGAAUUGUACUUGGAACGGAGCUUGAAAAUUCCGGGAUGAAAUUAACGCUAAGCGAGCCUGGGUGUUGGUGAUUCUAUUUACGUGAAGUGUCUCAUCUUGUGUGCAUGGAAAAAAAAACAGAAAAACGAAAGUCGCUCCU